CAUGUGUGAAAAUGGCUACACAGUGACUUCAUGUGUUCUAGUCCCUUCCCUAGAAUCUGGACAUUACCUGAAACAGCUUCCUGUGCAAACCUUCCAAAUAACCUACUCAUAUGAGAGUAUAUAUUGCAUGAGUUUGUGUAUAUGUAUUUAAGAAAUGGGAGCAUCCUGUGUAUUCUGUAAAUUUUUCUUUCAAUAUUUUAUCUAGGAGGUAGUCCAUGUCCUCACAUAUAGUUCAUUCUAUUUAAAAUGUGUUGCACACUUGGGUAAAUGUCUAAAUGGGAAAUAUUAAAAAUGUAAUAAAUGUUCUUUGGAGAGCUUUAGGGUGUGCUUUCCCCUCCAUUGUUAUCCCCCCAAUAUGUUUUCUUCAACUUGUUAGCUAAAAAUACUCACUGGUUUAUAUCUAUUUACUCACUGGUUUAUAUCUAAAGGCUACUGAAAGAUACAAAUCAAUAGCCAAUGAAGGGAUGAAUAGGGCAAGAUUCCAAAAGAGCUUCUGUCCUUUCAGACUUUGGGGCCCAGCACGGUGGCUGGUGAACCUCUGGCUUACCAGCCUGCAAGCUUUCCAAACUCCCCUCCUUUUUGGGGUUUUUGUGGAGGCUUCACUGCUUCGCGAUUAUUGGUCAUUGGUGACUGAUUCACCCUCCAGCCUCUCCCCCCAUCGCCAGAAAUCAGGGGUGGGACUGUAUAUUCCAACCCUCCAUUCUUGGUCAGUUCCUCUGGCAACCAGCCCUCCCACCUCAAGAUCUUUAGGGAAUUUCUAAAAGUCACCUCGCUGCCAUAAAAUCAGUCAUGGUUGAGCUUGUUAUGAAUAACAAAACACCCAUUUCACCUUUACACCCUGAAGGAACUGAAGACAAGAGACUAAGCAUUACAACAGAAGAUACUUCCAUUACUCUUAUCACCCGCAAAGUUUUAGGGGCUGUGAGACAGAAACCAUGCACAAAGACCAAAAAUAUAUAUGAGAAGUAUAUGUGGGACAUCUGGAUGAUGACCACAUGACAGUAGGCUAUUCCUCUGAGAAUCCAGCCGUCUGAUUUCAGUUGAAAGUAAUACCUUAACUUUAUUAUUUCUUCUGCAAAUACCUCUUUCGGUCCCACUUGGGUGCUAAUUUAUGAGUUCAGAAGUACUUAGUUACUGAUCCUUCAGCCUUGAAGACUUUAUCAAGUUGUCCAACUAAUUCACCUUAAGAAGAACUUCAAGGAGAGACCUGGGUGAGCCUGAGUUGGUGGGGCAUAAUCCUACAGGGUGGGACAGACCCACCCAAGCACUCACUGAGAUGCAAAUUGAUCCAAAGAGGAUUGUUUUUUCAACGCUAACUACACCCUCACCUAGGACAAGUAAUCUCAGUAAUCCCACACUAGGUUAAGUGGUUACAGCAGAACUCCUCACUCCUUCACAGUCUGGGAGGAGGGUGGGGUGUCGAAGAUUUUAAAAACUGCCUGCUCUAUGGUUUGGCCUUAUUUUGGCUCUCAAGUUUGUCACAGGAAUAUAAAUAUUAGCAACUCGAGUUACAUUGGGACUAAUGCCUUUAGUCACUUAGCCUUACAACCCCCAGCUACCCUCAGGAUCUCUUCCCAUUCUCCCCCCUCCAAGCAGGGUCAUUGAGCAUGCACAUGCGCAGGCCCAUAGCUGCCACCACUUCCGGGGGAACAGGCCAAUCACAGCACGGAACAAAUAAAUACAGGAUCCUGGGUCUCAGCUUAAAUCCAUGUAGUCCUAACGGAGGUGGUAUGACUGCGUUACAUGAGAUUUUUAUCAGGCGACAGUUUUCAAGUUUGCAAAGUGGCCACGUGAUCUCCAAAGAAGGAUUGUUGGGGUGUGAAGGAAUGAAUGGUUGCUUGCUUGGACCCGUGGCUACUUUGUUGAAGAAGAAAGUCAUUAAUCUUAAAUUUAGGUGAGUUAAUCCGUGAGAGAGCUGCAAACAGUGAAUCUUUCUUGCCCUCAAGCUACAGGACAGGACACUACGCAAGACUUCAGUGGCUGCCAUCAGAAGCUGGGCCAGUGGAACCUAAAGCUUCGAGGUCUGGGGGAGAUCUACCCACUGGGUCUUGAGCUUACGGCAGGCCUUGCCAAGGGGAACAUUCUCACCCACCACCUUCAUUCUCUGCUCAAUGGAGUUUGUAACAGCCCUGGUACACCUCCAGGAAGAGUCUAACUGCCCCAUCUGUCUGGACUACUUGAAAGACCCAGUGACUAUAAACUGUGGGCACAACUUCUGUCGCUCCUGCAUCAACAUGAUGUGGAAGGAUCUAGAAGAUACCUUCCCCUGUCCUGUCUGCCGUUUUCGCUUUCGUAACAAAAACUUACGGAGCAACCGCCAGCUCAGUAAUUUGACUGAAAUUGCUAAACUACUGCAGGUCAGAAGGAGCAAGAGAAAAAGGCAGGAAGAAUAUUCCGUGUGUGAGAAACACAAUCAGUUUCUGACCCUUUUUUGCGGGAAGGACCUAGAGGUUUUAUGUACACAGUGCAGCCUCUCUGUUCAACACCAGAAACACUACAUUUGCCCCAUUAAGAAAGCUGCCUCUUAUCACCGGAAAAUUCUAGAAUAUAGCAUUGAGCCCUUGCAGAACAAUGUGGAACGAGUUGAAAAAGUGAUUUCUCUGCAAGCCAGCAAAAUUGUGGAACUGAAAAAGAAGGUAGAGUAUAGGAGAGAAGAAAUCAUUUCUGAAUUUGAGCAACUUCGACUGUUUCUGCAAAAUCAGCAAGAGGCUCUUCUUAGGCAGAUGAAAGAUGAAGAGAUGGACAUUUUAACGAAACUAAAUGCCAACCGUAUAACAUGUUCAGACCAUGUUUCCACAUUAAAACAUCUGCUGAAGGAGGUAGAGUGCAAGUGUGGGCAAUCGGAACUGGAAUUACUGACACAUGUGAAAGGUAUCUACCACAGGUAUCAAAACCUAAAACGUCCUGAGCUCUUUUUAUUCCGAUUAAAGAAAUACGGACUUAGCCUUCCUCCACAAUACUCUGGCUUGGGCAAAAUUAUCAAGCCAUUUCAAGUAGAUGUGAUUCUAGACCUUGAAACAGCACACCCUCGGCUUAUUGUCUCUGAGGAUAGAAAAACUGUGCAUUAUGGAAAGAGAAGAAAAUAUCUUUGUUAUAACCCAAGGAGAUUUUACCUCUGCCCUGCUGUCCUGGGUUCUAAGAGAUUUAGUUCUGGCCGGCAUUACUGGGAGGUCAUAGUGGGAAACAAGCCUAAAUGGACCUUGGGAGUGUGUCAAGACUGUUUUCCUAGGAAUUGGAGGAAUCAGCCAGUAGCUGAGGGUGGGUUCUGGGCAAUUGGGAGAUAUAUUGAAAGCAUUUAUGUUAUGUUGGGUCCUAAGAGAAGCCAGCUUCUGCCCACAGUAAGACCCACUAAGAUUGGCAUUUUUUUGGACUAUGAGUUGGGUGAGGUUUCCUUUUACAAUAUGAAUGAUAGAUCUCUUCUCUAUACUUUUAAUGAUUCUUUUACAGAAGCUGUUUGUCCCUAUUUCUAUGUUGGAAUAGAUUCUGAACCUCUUAAAAUCUCUUCAGUAACAGAUGAUGAAAGAUGAAGUACCUGGGAAAGAAACAAUGCUGUUUCAGUAUCUAGGGAUAACUAGUAAAUUUAGUCUCAGCAAUUCUGGAUUCUUGUGGUUUACCGCUGAAAACCAGAAGAGAUUUUUCUCCUUCAUUUCAAGCAACUAUAAAACAUGAGAGUAACACCAAUUUUAUAGAUGUUUAUAGAUGCUUUUAGUUUCUAAGAUAAAGUAUUUGAGGAUUAUGCUACCUAACAAAUUUAAUAAAAUAUUUCUGUUGAAAUUACCUAUAA